AUGUCAUUGCAAGAUGAUGAUCCUUACCAGAGACAAGAUGAGACUGCCGACCUAGGACAAUACCUCUCAGAUGUCUGGGGACCAUGUCUUUGCGAACCGUCUCUUUCCACAAUUGGCUGCCAUCACACGAACAUCUUCGGCCCAAGAUCCGCCCCGGGAAGGCCUCAGCUGAAGAAGGGCCAGGAGAACAACGUCCUCAUCUACUCGGGCUGCUUCAAUCCGCCGCACCUGGGCCAUUACAAUCUCCUCCGACGGGCAUUUGAAGGCAGCCAAGACCUCAACGUGAUCGCUGCCAUCGUAUAUCCAGUCAGCACAAGAGUUCUGGAACGCAAGGCCGAAAGGAGACAGCAAUGGCUCAUGUUCAAUAUGGCCGACCGCGUGCGACUUUGGCACGGUGACUCGAAUGAGCCCCAGCUCAAGUUUGAAGAUAUGUGGCUUCGUGUUCUGGAAGCAGUCAAGCGAGACGGUUUCGAUCUCAAGUUUAUUGAGGUCGCAGGACCUGAUCACGUCGUACCCACGCGUGUAUACGGGACGUUUGGAUGGGGGUUCGAAAUCUACAGAACCAUCUUGAGCAAUGCAGGAAGAGAGUUCGAUCUUCUUCAACCUGGAGGGCAACUCGAGAAAAUGCGUGGAUAUGGGUUCUGGGAGGAUGCCAUCGACUAUACCAAAGCCAUGAAUCAGAAAACCGACUAUACCAACGCGGUGCACCAGAUUGUCGAGGAGAGAGCUAUUGAGCACAACUCUCGCUUUACGCUACUCUUACCUCCAUUGAUUGCCGGGGCAGCUGAGCAACCACAUCAGAUGGAUGAUCGCAACACAGACGUGGACCAAGAACCAGCCACAGGUACCGACGGUCUCGCUGAAACACACAUAUCAACAGAUAAUUCUAAUGCAAAUGAGGAGAUGGGACACGGUAACGACGUUAUUCCCGAGGGACGGAAAAUCAAAGUCUGCCGACGGAUCGGGGACUCGGAAACCUGGGUUCGCUUCGUUCCAGCGGAUGCCCCGCCCUUAACAUUCAGCUCGACCCUGAUUCGGCGUAUUCUGGAAGGAGGCUUCCUGAAGAAAGGGAAUCUGGCGGGAACGAGUUGGGCGCGAAGUAUGCUGGAGGAUGAGGCCCUUGAUAGUGUCAAGGGGAUGGUCCUGUACCCGGAGGUGCUAGCAAGGAUUAUGCUCCAACGACAUGGAAUUGCAAGGCUAGGUGAGGCUUGACAAGACAAGGAAUCGAAUCAGCAUGAUCAAAAGGCCAGCGGACUUGGACAGGCAGAGUUAUUGAAGUCUCUUCUAGCAAAACUCUGGGUCUGCGUCAACAACCUGAAACCAGUUUCUUUUUAG